AUGGGACCAACGAGCACAUGCUUUUUCAGCAGCUUCCUUGGAGACAGUGUUUCCGCGCAAUCGACGUGCAGCUUGUUCUGCAAUCAUAUCAGGCAAGAUACAAGCUUCAGGGUACUGGGGUCCAUUGACAGAAUCAAAGAGCAUCUGGUCGGUAUCACGGACUUGCCACUCGUUGGCAAUUUCAAUAGGAUCCUCCAAGCGAGUGAUACCGUCACGAGCCAAUACAACUCCAGUCUCAAACUCUCCCAUCAUACCAGUGCUGCCAUGGAAGCGUUCCUUACUGGCAUACUCAAUUCUCACCGUCACCAUGUCCUUGAAGGCACGGAGAACAAUCUUCUCAUUGCCAAACUUCUUCCCUUCACCAAGGUAGAUCUCAACGAUGUGGAAGUUCUUGUUAGGAUUGAAUACGUUGACCUCGAACCCAGCAAUAGAGGCAGGCAUGUCAGCCCCUUCCACUCCAUUCAGCAGGUACUCCCCAAAGGAACCAACCUCCAGGGUCUCAUCUCCAAUCUGCACAACAGCAGACUCAAUGAAGGAGUAGAAGUUUCGUGGACAGAUCUUGGUACGGACAUCCACAGUCAUGGGCAAGCCGGGAGCAAAGUGAGGAGCUUGGAUCAAGUGCAUGUCACAGGCUCCCAUGUAAUCAUAGAUUUGAUGUCCGGUCCACGUUUCAAAGUGGGGAUCUCCACCACCUCCUCCGGUGUGUGGACAGUCAGUCAAGACCAAGUUGGCAUACAAUUGAGCCGAAGUUGCCAUGCUCUCUUGAGAGAUGAACUGUGUCUUGAGUGGACAAGUAGGACAGGCACGGAAACCAAGCAAAUCGAUCUCAAAGUUGAUUCCUCCAGGAAGCGUGAGUGCCUGCGGUGCGGGAUUAUCAAUGAUAAAGAUCCUAUCAGAACAACCGCUGCCAGUGGUUACAUAUGGACAGGGCGAUUGGUGGUUUGGUGUUUCAUGAAUGGACAACUGGUAGACGAAUGUGUAGGGUUGGCUGUUUGCGGUAACGGUCACAGUGAGUUCCACAUGGCUAAUAGACGAUCCGCCUUGGAUUGGGUUGUUGUGAUGGGUCAAGGUACCAAUGGGAAAUUCGGGUCCAGGAACCACAGGUCCAUUGGGUACGUUGGAGAGGUUGUCAAGCCAGACUGGCCAUUACCAACAUCAACUCCCCACCAGACAAAUCCCGGACCAUAG